AAUUAGAUUUAUCAGAGGAAUAUCUUAAAAUGAUGGAUAAAAACAUGUCAAGUCCUUCCAAGUGGGCAAAUGAAUGGACUAAAGAUAGUAAGCAGAAGGAUGGACUUCGAUUCCGUAAUCAUCGACCAGCAAAUGCAUCAGAUAUUCCGGUUCAAUUUUACCAUCAGAUAUUUGAAGAAUUUAUCAAACUUAGAAAGGAUUGUCAAGUAUCAAAGAGGGAACAUGAACUUGUACUUGAACUGGCAUCUGUGAUGUCCUGA